AACCUUAACCUCAAUUGUACGUUGUUUUCAGUGCAGUGCUGUGUUGUUCGUAGUGCGAAUCAGUGAGCGUAAAUAAAUAAAUCGGGGACAUUACGACCUGAACCAUGGCAAAAGACGACAAACUGUUCUUCCACAAAACGGUGAUGCAUCUGGCAAGGUCACUGGCAAACCUGAAAAAUACACCAUGGGAGAAGCUCAAAAUGCUAUACGAAAUGUGCCCCACCGAGUCUCCGAGCGGUAGCAUUUGCAUAAGUUGCCGUCAACAGGACGCUGCGCUUGCGCUCGGAAUUUACCUGUUGGAAUCCCAAAUGCAGCAUAAGGAAAAAAUUAUCAAAUACUUACUGCACUUGGCAAAGAGUCUGGAAAAAGCGACAUGGACCGACGAGCUGAAAUACCACGCCACUGACCGUAUACCGAUGGCAGAAAGGUUCAGCUUCUGUCUUCACACUCUGUUAAGCGACAUAGCGGUAAAAUGUGAGGAGUACACAGAGGAUAUCAUCAGCAGCCAAGUGGAGUGCAUGGCCACUUUGACUAAUAACGUGCUGAAGAUGCAGGAUCCGAGCAACUGCAAUAGCAGCUCCAAGUUGUUUCUGUGCAAAACCACUCUGCCUGUUCUGGUGGGACUUUCCAGAGCUAUGGGCCGGUUUUCUUUCAAUGAGCCGCCUCUGAUCUGUAGAUUAUUUCCCAAGCCGGAGCCUCCUUUGGGACGCACUCCCGUCACUCAAGCUCCGUACAGUAAAAGUUUUAGCAGUUUCAGAAGCAUCAUUCCGAGAAGUUUGUCGGGGAACUUGACUGCCACGAUUGAUAUACUGGCUAUCACACAAGGAUAUGAUACGACUGACAUAGCUUACAGCGCAGACAGUCUGAAGAGGGGAUCAGCAAUUAAGCAGCGCGUCAACACUUUCGACCCAACGACGUACUUUUUCGCAAAAUUCGGUUCCAGCUUCAAUCAGUUUCCUCAUCUAAGAAUCAGCGACGCCGGCGACAAAAAACGCAACAUAGUUUUCACGCAGAACCACCUGAUCACCAUCUUGACACUGAGCAAGAAACUGCUGACCAAAGAGAUUCUAACGCUGAUCGAUGAACAGUCGCUGGAAAUCCAUGCGACUGGGAAAAUCCAGAUUUUCCCUUACAAAACGUUUUCGGAAACCAUCAACUUGGUGAUGGUUACGUUGAUGCGGGAGUUGUUGCAGCCUGAGAACAGUUUACCAGUGCCGUUCACCAAAGACGUCCAAGAGUUUGUUAAAGGUUUAUACUUGAAUGGCCAGACUGAGCUUCAAAGUCGACAUCACGAUGCCAGCGAGAAGGAAGAUCGGGAGAACAACUUUGCACUGGUCAACAAAUUUAAGGUCAACGUAAUGGCCAAUGCUGCAUGUGUGGAUUUACUGGUUUGGGCUAUUGGAGAUGAAACUGUGGACUUGGAAUAUAACUUUUCAACUUUGGUGCAAUUUUUAACCACUGUACUAGGUGCAGAUAGUCUCUGCGGCAGACUCUCGGAGAAAAUCAACUCCAGUCACGGCUAUCGACUGGUUCUAGCUCAUAUGCCCCUUCUGAUGGUGUGCCUUGAAGGCCUGGGAAAGCUGGCCCAAAAGUUUCCCAAUAUUGCUUCCACUUCCAUAUACUACCUGAGAGACUUUCUAACCGCGCCGUCCCCAAUCUUGUCCAAGCUGCAUAGGCAGGCCAACGAGAAGAGCGGCAAAGACAACAUCAAAGUAGCCGCUUCGACCAAUCACUUGAAAUCUGAAACAGUGAAGCCAGUGUCGCCCAUUCAAGUUGCCUUUGAAAAGCUGCGCGAUGCCGCCAUUGAGAAUUUGUGCUACGCACUGGAGGCUGCGCACACUUUGUUGCCUGAAUGCGUGCGCGCUCUGGUUGCUUCGGUGUCCAACAGAAUGUUCACUGCCGAGAAAAGCGACAGCGAGUCGACUCUGAUCUCCACUAACAUAGUCAUUAUGCUCGGGCACGUUGCUGUCUCCAUGAAAGGGACACCGAAGACGACGGACACGAUUCUGCAGUUUUUUCAGCAACGCUUUUGCAAAACGCCCUCCGAUCUUGAUUUGCUAAUUGUAGAUCAGUUGGGCUGCAUGAUCAUUGCCCAGUGUGAGCCGCACAUUUACAAAGUGGUGAUGAAGAUGUUCACCAUGAUUACUGUGGACAGCAGCAGUGCUUAUGGCAACGACAACGAAAAAACACAGUACAGGCAUGUGUCCAGAUCAGUGAUAAACGCACUGGCAAACAUAGCAGACAACAUUCAGGGUGAGCACCAGAUGAACGAACUCCUGAAGAGUCUUCUGGAAAUGUUUGUUCAGUUGGGACUCGAAGGCAAAAGAGCGAGCGAUAAAUCACCGGGUAAAUUAAAGAGCCACAGCACUGCAGGGAAUUGCUCUACGCUUCUUCCACCUGUUUCUGUAUUUCUNNNNCGGCUUCCACCGAUUCGAAACCCCGAGCCGCGCAUCCACAAAAUGUUCCGCGACUUUUGGCUAUACUGUGUAAUAAUGGGAUUUACUGCUUCCGACUCAGGGCUCUGGCCUGCCGAAUGGUAUGAAGGAGUGAAGGAAAUCGCGGCGAAAUCUCCAGCUUUGGUCUCUCCCACGUCCAGUCGGUCGGAAAUGCGAGAGUUGCAGUACACGAGCGCAGUGAAGAACGAUAGUGUGUCCAUUACUGAACUUCAGGAGCUGAAGAACCAAAUCCUGGACCGACUUCGGCAUCCUGCCGACGUCACUGCAAUUGUUAACAACAAAUUGACCUUUGCACAGUGCACUUUCCUGUUGAGUGUCUACUGGGUGGAGAUAUUAAGAGUGCAACAUUCGGGUGAACCCAGCCUGGUACCGAUAAUAUCGGACUACCUCAGCGAUUCAGCGCUUCAAAAAGACAAAGCCGGAUUGUGGAACUGUGUAGCGGCCGUGAGCGACCGAGUAUUUGAGAAGUUUCUGGAAGUGAUGAGCAACAAGCCAAAGAAUGAGGCGCGUGAAGCCGACCUGGAGCAGCACGCUCAAUUCCUUUUGGUGAACUUUAACCAUACGCAUAAACAAAUUAGGAGAGUUUCCGAUAAGUUCUUGGUGGCUUUGGUGGACAAGUUUCCUCACUUGCUGUGGAGCAGACGGGUUUUGUGGACGAUGCUUGAUAUUCUCCAAGUGCUGUCUUACUCCUUAGAGGUGGAUCCGAACCAGGAGACGCCCACACUGAAAAUUCCUCAAACGCCUUACUCGAUCCAGUUGAUGGACACACUUGAAGCGAGAGAGUCCAUAAUUAGAGAUUUCGCCGACAAUUCGGAACGGAUUAUCAAGGAAGCAAUGCGUUGGGCCCCGCAAUGGACUCGCUCGUACAUUCAAGAGUACAUAAAUCAAAUCCCUACCUCAGAUAUGUGGCAUCAUGCGGGUUUGGCCAUGGCACUGGACUCCAUUCUGCAUAAUGGGCCUUUGAACGCUUACAGCUCCCACUUGAGCGCCAGCACGUUGGAAAAGCGGCCGCAGUGUGUUAAAACUGACUCCAGCAAGAUUAUUUCCACGUCUGCGAUGCGAUCUAAGUACAUGGGAGAGGUAAAUGGGAUGUUGAAAAUCUUCGGAAACGACCGCAAAGAAGAGUUAAUCAACACUGUAUUGGGUAGAGUAUGGAGUGCCUGUAAGCAACAGUCUGACUCCAUGCAUAGAGAAGCUAUUUGGCAAGCUACCGCCUUACUGAUUCAAAGCUCCGAGUUCAACAGUAACUUGUUGCAUGCCAUCACAUGGUCCCAGGUUGAAUUAUUCAGCGUGGAAGCUAUGCGAACGGCGGUAGAAUGUUGGAAGUGGCUCACCACUUCCCAGCCGGAGCUGGAGAUGCGAUUUCUGCAAGAAAUGGUUGCUGCUUGGAAGUGCACUGUUCACAAGAAGUUGGGCCUGUUUUCCGUGACCCAUCAGCAAACCAGUCCUUUGGCGGUUCACGAAGGGUGUCUUUUGGAACCAGACAAUCCAUUUGUAAAGCCGCACGUUAUUUGGGUGCAGUUCAUUUAUGAGCUGGUGGAAACGAUCAAGUCCAGCAGCUAUGAGAAGGUGGAAAUGAUCGUCAGUUUGAUACAUCAUUCUUUGCCCAUGUCGGUAGGAUCUGAGCCUGCGAUUCUCAAUAGACAUACUUCUGCUAUAGGAGUGAGGUUUAAGCUGAUGACAUGCGGUUUAUCGCUCUUACAAGGCGACAUACUGCCGAAAAGCUUGGCCAAGAACGUUCUGCGAGAGCGAAUUUACUGUUGUUGUCUGGACUACUUUUGCAAACCGGUCAAGUGCCCCACACAAAAUGCGAUCGAUUUACGAGAGGACGUCACGACUUUAAUCAAGUUUUGGCAGGCGCUGCACUCCGAUCGGAAAUACCUGAAGGACAGUGAUGUAGGAGAUUUAGGCCCCACUACUCCAAUUGCUGGCAUACAGAACAACGAACUGGCGAAACCCAGUGAUUUUAACAGGCCGACUUCAGGUUGGAUCAAUACUGUUCCUCUUAGCACCAGCACGGCGACACUGAGCAAAAGAUCCGCCAAAUCGGCACGAAAAGUGCCCUUGUCGGACAACUUUGUUAAAUGCUACUUGAAGAAGCGGAAUUUAAUCCUGGAACUGUUGGCUGUGGAAAUCGAGUUCUUAGUGGUCUGGCAUAAUCCGACUUCCAGGCAAGACUUGACCAUACCGUUGGAAGAUAUCGCAAAUUGGCGAUUAAAAAAUAUGACCGACAAGCAAUGGCAUGAUUAUACGCGUCUCGCUUGGAACAUUUCGCCAGUGUUGGCCGUCUACCUGCCGACAAGAUUCAAAACAAACGAGUCCAUAAUCAGCGAAGUUAAAAUCCAGGUGCAGAUGAACCCGCGGUCCGUUUCGCACGUGCCAGAUGCACUCCAGUAUCUGGCCACAACUGAUACGAUUCUGGCCGACAGUCCCAAAUUGACGCAUAUGCUCACUUGGGCCCGAGUCUCACCCAUCCAGGCUCUCGCAUACUUCAGCAGGCAAUUUCCUUUCCAUCCAAUUUCAGCCCAGUACGCGGUAAGGGUUCUGAGCUCGUAUCAGGCCGAUGCGGUGUUGUUUUACAUUCCACAGCUGGUGCAGAGUUUGCGCCACGAUAAGAUGGGGUACGUGACGGAAUUUAUCAAGUGGAUAGCUAAAAAGUCGCAAAUAGUGGCGCACCAGCUCAUUUGGAAUAUGAAAACCAACAUGUACACGGAUGAAGAUAUGCAGCUUAAAGACCCUGUUCUUUUUGAAUCAUUGGAAAGUUUGGUAAGCAACAUCCUCAGCGAGCUGUCGGGUCCAGCAAAAAUGUUCUACGAACGAGAAUUCGACUUUUUCGACAAGAUUACCAACAUUUCCGGUGAAAUUAGACAGUUCCCGAAAGGCCCUGAAAGGCGAAAGGCAUGUUUGGACGCUCUCAGCAGGAUUAAGGUGCAACCCGGCUGCUAUUUGCCGAGCAAUCCGGAAGCGAUGGUGAUGGACAUUGACUAUAAAAGCGGAAUUCCCAUGCAGAGUGCAGCAAAAGCUCCGUAUUUGGCCAGGUUUAAAGUGGUCAGAUGUGGUAUAAACGAACUGGAGAAUAUUGCGAUGGCUGUUUCUAUAAACGAGACAUACGAGUUCUCUCUGGGUCCCGAACAAUGGCAAGCGGCUAUUUUCAAAGUGGGAGAUGAUGUACGCCAGGACAUGCUAGCGCUCCAGGUUAUCGGCAUAUUCAAGCACGUCUUCCAAACCGUCGGUUUGGACUUGUACCUUUUCCCUUAUCGAGUGGUUGCUACAGCUCCUGGGUGUGGCGUAAUCGAAUGCGUACCAAACGCGAAAUCUCGCGAUCAGCUUGGACGGCAGACCGACAUUGGGAUGUUCGAGUAUUUCUUGACCACAUACGGCGAAGAGACCAGUAAAGAGUUUCAGAACGCGCGUAGAAACUUCAUCAUUUCCAUGGCUGCUUACAGUGUCGUGGGCUUUUUGUUGCAGAUCAAGGACAGGCAUAAUGGAAAUAUCAUGCUGGAUACCGAGGGACAUAUCAUACAUAUUGACUUCGGGUUCAUGUUCGAGUCGUCGCCCGGUGGCAAUUGGGGAUUCGAGCCAGACAUCAAGCUGACCGAUGAAAUGGUGAUGAUAAUGGGUGGCAAAAUGGAAGCGGCGCCAUUUAAAUGGUUCUCCGACUUGUGCGUGCAAGCUUAUCUGGCAGUGAGACCCUACCAGGAAGCCAUUAUUUCGUUGGUUUCGCUCAUGCUGGACACGGGACUUCCUUGUUUCCGUGGCCAAACGAUUAAGCUGCUGCGAGGCCGGUUUAAUCCGGGAGCGAACGACAAAGAGGCUGCCAAUUAUAUGUUGCAGAUAAUUCGCAACAGUUUCCUCAACUUCAGGACACGUACUUACGAUAUGAUUCAGUAUUACCAAAAUCGUAUUCCUUAUUAAUUACAUUGAUUGUAUUUAGUGGUAGAUGGAGAAGGAUUUUAGUCAAAUGUUUGAGGAUAAUGUUACAGGAAAAGUAUUUAUAACUUCUUUGUUAUUUGCAUUUAAUGGUUAAGUUUUGUAGAUAGUACAUAAAUUCUAAUACACCUAA